AUGGUCACAUCUACCUAUAACCCAUGUCUUUUAAUCUCAACAGCAAAGACAGUCUUUGGCGUUAUCGGAAUACAGACCGAUGACACCCUGAUCUUAGGGUCCGAUGAGUUUGCCACGCUCGAAGAGAAAGAAUUAGCAGAGGCAAAGUUCAGCGCCAAACCCAAGGAUACACUAUCUCCAGGGAGCCCACUAAUAUUCAAUGGCUGUGUCCUCACACAGAAGGAAGGAGAUGUUACAGUUGAGUUACGCCAGAAGGACCAGGGUAAGAGACUCAAGCCUAUCAACCACAAAUCCAAGGACUUCAAACACACAUACAUAGAACAACAUACUCGCGGAGCUUACAUUACAACAAUCUGCCAGCCGGAGGCUACAUUCGACCUAUCCAUUGCCGCCCAACACCAGGAUCCUGCAGAAGCCGACGUUAACACGUUGAACAAACGUGUUAUGUGGCAAAUAACAAAUCUGGACAGAGGCAUCAAAUACAUCACAAUAGAUCUAUUAACUGUAAAACUCUUCGUAUUCGUCGAUAGAUCAUUCACAAACAACAAAGAUUUCAGCUCCCAGAUUGGAUAUAAGAUUAUCCUCGCAAACGAAUCCGCUCAGAAUAAGGAAUUUGAGAUCACCAGAAACCUAAUCCAUUAG